AGAGGAUGUUUAAAUUUUAUCAAAUGAAAUAUAUUUUUCAAAUAUUGGAUAAAAUGAGAUGCUUGCGAAAACGUUCUACAGUGUCAUUCUUGGGAGUUCUUGUUGUUUUUCUACUAUUCAUGAACUUGUUCAUUGAAGAUAGCUAUGUUAUGGAAGGCGACAAGCAACUUAUAAGGGAAACAUCAACACAUCAACUUAAUUCUGAGCGCUAUGUUCACACCUUCAAGGAUUUAUCGAACUUCUCAGGAACCAUAAAUGUCACCUAUCGCUACCUGGCUGCCACACCUAUACAGAGAAAACGAUAUCUCACAAUCGGACUUUCAUCAGUGAAACGAAAAAAAGGAAAUUAUUUACUUGAGACAAUCAAGUCAAUUUUCGAACAGUCUAGCUACGAAGAACUAAAGGAAAUUUCAGUUGUCGUGCAUCUAGCAGACUUUAAUUCAUCAUGGCGUGACGCCAUGGUCCAAGAUAUUACACAGAAAUUUGCCCAUCAUAUUAUUUCAGGAAGAUUAAUGGUUAUACAUGCUCCUGAAGAAUAUUAUCCAGUUCUGGAUGGUCUUAAAAGAAAUUACAAUGACCCAGAAGAUAGAGUCAGGUUUCGCUCCAAGCAAAACGUAGAUUAUGCUUUUCUGCUAAAUUUCUGUGCCAAUACUUCUGACUAUUACGUAAUGCUUGAAGAUGAUGUCCGAUGUUCCAGAAAUUUCUUAACUGCCAUCAAGAAAGUUAUCGCAUCCUUGGAAGGAACAUACUGGGUAACUCUUGAGUUCUCUAAACUUGGCUACAUUGGUAAACUCUAUCAUUCUCAUGACCUCCCACGUCUGGCCCAUUUCUUAUUAAUGUUUUAUCAAGAAAUGCCCUGUGAUUGGCUAUUGACUCAUUUCCGAGGGCUUCUGGCUCAGAAAAAUGUGAUUCGAUUUAAACCUUCUCUCUUUCAGCACAUGGGGUAUUAUUCAUCCUAUAAGGGAACAGAGAAUAAACUGAAGGAUGAUGACUUUGAAGAGGAGUCAUUUGACAUCCCCGAUAACCCCCCAGCAAGUCUCUACACCAACAUGAAUGUCUUUGAAAACUAUGAAGCGAGCAAGGCAUACAGUAGUGUUGAUGAGUACUUUUGGGGAAAACCACCUUCGAUAGGAGAUACGUUCGUUAUUGUAUUUGAAAAUCCAAUUACAAUUAAAAAAAUUAAAGUAAAUACUGGAACAGAAGACCGGCAGAAUGAUAUUCUGCAUCAUGGAGCCCUAGAUGUUGGGGAAAAACUUAUUUUUAGCAAACAAAUAAGACAAUGUGAUACUUACUUGAGACUAGGGGAAUUCAAAAAUGGAUACUUUGAAAUGUCAGAUGUAAAUCAAAAAAUUCCCUUUGACAUACGUUGCAUGAGGAUAUGUGUCACCAAAACGCAGAAAGAAUGGCUGAUAAUUAGGGGCAUCAGUAUUUGGACUUCCUAGCCAAGGAAAUGGGUAUAUUGAGUUUCUGAAGCAGGUCUACCUGCUUCAGUUUUUGCUAUCUUCCUCUUCUGCAACUUUAGUCUUUUGGAGGGCAACCAAUCGAUGUGCCGUGUCACAAGAAAAAUGAAUCAGUUCAGCAGUUUUGAUUGUAGUUUUAUUAAACACAUUUUUGUAUUUUUUUUCUCAUUUUUGAAGUUGAAUAUCAUUCUGUAGUUAAAACUGAUUUUAUCCAUAUACUUAAAUGUUCACAGUUUCGAAUUUCAACCAGUUGCCAAAAGGGUGAUGUAAAAGGUUUGAAAUGAGAAAAUUCCUUUAAAAUGAUAAUUAGUUAAAACACAGUUGCCAACUGUGCACACUUACGAAUCAGUUGAUAGUUUAUUAUAUGUUCAGAAAGAUUCUUAUUAAGAAUAAAUGAAAAUGUGCAGAUUGGUUGCAAGCAUAAAAUGGGAUAUUUUUUUCUUAUAAAUUUAGGCUUUCACUGACUGAUAUAUUUCAACAAUUAAUACCUCCUCGUGGAAAUGAUGUCUUUAAAAAAGACUAUUUGUGUAAGUAGAGCUAUGAAAAAACAGAUUUAAAAGUUGUCAUUCAUCUGGUUAUUUAUAUGAAAAAGAACAUUGCUCAUUGUUUUAAAACAUUUAAUUGAGCACAUGUUAAAAUUUUUCCCAUGAGAAUAAGUUAUUUCUAACUUCCCUUUUUGAAAACAAAAUAGUUAAGCUCAAUAUUUGAAGGUUACCUUGGAUACCUGUAAUUAAUAGAGAAAGAGAGAUGGUUUACCGUUAGUCCAUUUGUAUAAACAUUUUCAGUAUAUGUAGAAAAAGAUGAAAUUGAUUUUAUACUUUUUUGUAUUAAAACUCAUGUCAUUAAAA